AUGGAUCCCUAUGAAAUAGAAUUUAUAGGUGAAAAUAGGAUUGCUAGCAUUAUUCCAAACUUUUCAUAUAACAAAAUUUACUUGAUAUGUGGUGAAUUUGGACCUUUUCGAGCUGGUUUACCGAUGAAUGUGCCGCUUUGGUUAGCUGUGAUGUUAAAACAAAAGCAAAAAUGUCGAAUAGUGCCCCCAGAGUGGAUGGAUAUGGAGACUUUAGAAAAUAUCAAAGAAGAGGAAAAAAAGUCAAGAUUUUUUACAAAAAUGCCCAAUGAACAUUACAUGAUCGAAGCAAAACUAAUCCUAGGUACAGCAGCAGAAGACAUACCACAUGCUGCUGAGAUAAAAACUAUUAUUAAAGAUAUUUGGGACAUUCGCAUGUCAAAACUCAGGACUUCAAUGGAUGCCUUAAUGAAAUCUGGAGGUUCUUAUGGUAGAUUGGAUCAUUUAACUAUGAUGGAGAUAAAUUCUGUGAAACCUUUAUUGCCAGACGCUAUGGAUCAAUUGUAUAGAAUUAAAAUGAUGAGCCGAAAAACUAUACCAGCCAGUUUAAAUACUUCAACAUUGAGCCAAUCAGGAGGCUCACAAAACUCA